AUGAAUGAACCUGGUGUGAUUAAAAAAUUAAAUGAAGACGUAGUUAAUCGAAUAGCGGCCGGCGAAAUUGUGCAACGGCCGGCUAACGCUUUAAAAGAAUUAAUUGAAAAUAGCUUGGAUGCUAAAUCGACAAAUAUAAUUAUUACCGUCAAAGCAGGUGGCUUAAAAUAUUUACAGAUACAAGAUAAUGGAACGGGUAUUAGGAGUGACAAUUUGGAUAUAGUGUGUGAAAGAUUUACUACUUCAAAGUUAAGAGAAUACGAGGAUUUACAAGCUAUCACCACAUAUGGCUUCAGAGGAGAAGCCCUUGCAAGCAUCAGUCACAUUGCCCACCUUACUAUUUUAACUAAAACAGCAAACGAUAAAUGUGCUUACAAAGCUUCCUAUGAAAAUGGCAAACUUAAAGGACCUAUAAAGGCAUGUGCAGGUAAUAAUGGAACUCAAAUAACAGUAGAAGAUCUAUUUUUUAAUGUGAUAGCUCGUAAAAGAGCUCUCCGCAGUCCUAAUGAAGAAUACACUCAUAUAAUGGAGGUAGUAGGUGGAUAUGCUAUACAUAACAGCCAUGUGGGGUUCACUCUGAAAAAGUUUGGUGAAAAUACAGAUAUAAAGACACCUAUAAAAUCAUCCGUUGUGGAAAAUGUUAGGAUUAUCCAUGGUAACUCAAUAGCUCGGGAGUUACUUGAGAUACAACUAAAGGAUGAUAUGUUAACACUUUCUCUUCACGGUUACAUAACUAAUGUGAAUUAUUCGCACAAGAAGGGCACCAUGCUUCUGUUCAUUAAUCAUAGAUUGGUUGAUUCACCAUCCAUACGUAAAGCAGUUGAUUCUGUAUAUGCAACAUAUUUGCCAAAAAAUGCACACUCUUUUGUUUACCUCAGCAUUGAAUUAGAUCCAAAAAACAUAGAUGUGAAUGUCCAUCCAACCAAACAUGAAGUACAAUUUUUAUAUGAGGAACAAAUAAUAGAAAGAAUAAAAACUGUCAUAGAAAGUAAACUGCUCAGCUGUAAUUCUUCUAGAGUUAUGUACACUCAGGCGAGACUUCCUGGUGCGACAAAAGUUGAAGAAAUAGUCAAGAAAACAACAGAUGGAGCAAAAGUAUAUGCUAAAGAUUUGGUACGAGUUGACUCGGAUGCACAGAAAUUGGACAAAUUUUUCCGAACAGUACAAAAACCGACCAAUGUGGUUGAAUCAAAUGUGGUAACUGAUGAAAUACCAGCUGAUGUUGAAAUGGAAGAUAUUCAAGAUAUCGUUUUAGAGAAACAAGUAGACGAUCUAGAAAAUUCUAUAAUCUCAGAACCGAAUGAAUAUAAAAGUAGCACAGAUAGAAUCAAACCAGCUGUUCUAGAUAGUAAUAUUUCAUACAUUGAUCCAAAAGAAUCUUUCAAGACGAGAACAUUCCAGUAUGAGAGGGUAGAAACUAAAUUAACAAGUGUUAAACAGUUGAGAUUGGAUGUGGAAAAUAAUUGUAAUAUGAAUUUAAGAGAAAUAUUGGCUAAUUUAAUAUUCAUAGCGUGUAUUGAUAGUCACAGGUCACUGAUACAGCAUUCUACUAAAUUGUAUUUAUGUGAUACCACGCGAAUAACGGAGGAGUUAUUUUAUGAGACAAUAUUGUAUGACUUCCAAAAUUUGGGAUUAAUAAAGUUAUCAAAUCCUCUACCGUUACAAGAAUUGUUCAUGUUAGGUUUGAGCACGCAAGAGUCACAAUGGGACCCUGAAUUAGGUGACAUGCAAGAUAUGGCCAAGCAGAUGACUCAGCUACUAGUGAGCAAGCGUGCGAUGCUCUAUGAAUAUUUCUCACUACAAAUAAACGAGAGUGGCGAAUUACUGGCUCUACCUUUACUUCUCGAUGGUCACACACCAUUUAUGGGUGCUUUACCAACAUUUCUAGUUCAACUUGUUACAGAAGUUAACUGGAGUUCAGAAAAAGAAUGUUUCGAUACAUUUAGUAGACAAACAGCCAUAUUUUACUCUCAACCAAACCCAGAUGAUAAUGAAGAUGUUUUAAAAUCUGAAAUGUGGAAACAAGAACAUAUAAUAUUCCCUGCUAUUAGAAGAAAUUUUCUUCCACCCACAAGUUUUAUUGGUAAUGGAGCUAUAUUACAAAUAGCAAAUCUAUGUGAUCUUUAUAAAGUAUUUGAACGUUGUUAGUUUUAAGUGAUAAUUUUAUAUUUAAAAUAAACUGAAGAACGAAUAAAU